AUGACUUUAAAAAGGUAAUGGCAAUUCGAUGACUUGGUAUUGACGCUAGGUGUCAAAUUAUCAUCAGGUAAGGUAUCAAAUCGUUUAAUUACAAACCCUUUAACUGUUCGUAACAUGAUAAGCAACCGUUUUCUUGCUUUAUACUACAUCAAUUUUUAAAUAACCACCAACUUUGCAUACCCCUGUCUUAUAUCUACUAAUUUUUGACUAAUACAAAUCGCAUACCAGUACGCUUUCAGAAAAUCAAAUUUACAUUUUCAGCAUGCAUGCAACAACUUCAAGCCUAAUUCUUCUAGCCAUAAUUACCGUAGCAAGUUGCCAAUACGAUUCUGCACCAAAGGUUGAUACUCCAGCAAAACAGGUCAGUAAACGAGCUAUUAAGUUUCGGCAUGAGGGCUACGUAGGCCGGGGUAUACAUGGCAUUUCAAAUGGAAUUCAUAAACAUCCAUGGGGUAUCAGCCGGCGCAAAACCCGCGAAAUUUCAGUAAGUACAGAAGCACAAUACCUUCUCACAAACUUCCUGAAAAGCCGGGAACGUUUUAUCGUUUCUUGACACCGAAGCUCGUCUAAGUUACACAGUUAGCCUUUUACCCACAAUCAGUGCCUAAUUUUAAUCACAUAUGCGUACGCACUAUUGCUAACACAAUAUUGAAGAGUUAAAAUGCUUUAGAAAAUUGGCUUUUUUAAGGAUUCUGAAUACGCACCUGCUCCAAAAGGAGCGCCAAUAUCAGAACCAGCGUCAGUACCAGAAGCAGCGCCAGUAGCAGAAGCCGCGCCAGCACCGAAAGGCGCAAAACCUAAACUAGAAGUCCAUCAAGCAGUUUAUGAUGGACUUGGAGUAAGUUUCUUUUUCUUUCAGCGUACGCAAGAUCAAAAGCUUCGAUUAUACUGAAACAUUUUAGGGAAACUUUGCUGAUGAACAAGCUGAUCCCAGCUCGCCAUACGUGAACAUUCCACAGGGCCACCCUAAGAAAUUUGAGGGAGCCGUUAACGAGGCUAUCUUCGCUGCCGGCAGUGUACGUUAUUCUACCGUUUGAUUAUUAAAAUAUGGCUAAAAAUCGACAAAAAAAACGACUUUUUUAUAUUACCCAAAAAUGUGUAAAAAAAGUUUGAACAAACUGCACUAAAAACAACUAAAAGAACAUAUUUUUUAGGAAGAAGUUCCCGAAGCCGCUCCAGCACCAGAAACCGCUCCAGCACCAGAAGGCGCUCCAGCACCAGAAGCCGCUCCAGCACCAGAAGCCGCUCCAGCACCAGAAGCCGCUCCAGCACCAGAAGCCGCUCCAUCUCAGCAAUACCGGCAAGCUCGGCUACGAUUCCAUUAA